AUGCUUAGAUUCAAGAACAAGUUCAGAUUUGGCCUGUCCGAGAAGGAGACUCCCCUGCUGUCUUCAGAUUCACCCCGCAACUCUUCAGAGUCCCGCUCCACUUUGACCCAGAAUGCCUCCCCAAUCCCAGACAUACUGAAGUUAACAAUAUCCGAGAACUCCAAAAAAUCGCCUUCUCCGUCGCUGAAUGCUCUGGCCAAAGUGAAAGAUUCAGCGUCAACCGAACCAUCACUGGCAAGCGUGUCGCUGGUGCUGGCGCAAAGGGUAGCCUCGAACCCAGGGUUGCUUACGGUUAAAUGUUACCGUUCCCAGAAUGUCCAACUUCCCAUUGACAUUGCCAACAACAAACAGAUUUUACACGCUUUGGCUUCGAAUACAAACGACCAGAACACGGGCUCUACCCUUUCGAAACGCCUAAAUGAACUAAUCCAGACGGAACAGGCGGGUAAUAAGUCCUCCGACCUUAUCGAGGGCUCUUCGGCAGCAACAUAUUUACCUUCUAAUAUCACCAUUCCCAACGCAACAGGCGAACGUGUUACCAAGGCUUUGCUCUACAUGACCAUGGAGUUUGACAAUAAUGUACUUAUGAUUGAGCCAAGAGGCGGCACUGUGGACAGCUCCCAAUGGGAUAGAGUUGUGUCCUUCGAUGUAACCAAGACCGUAGGCGCAAGUUCCACCGGGUCAAAUUUCCUCAAUGUCAGUCUUUUCAUUCGCUUGCCUCGUAACUUGGUUCCGGAGCAAGAGAAGGAUAGUAGUAAGCAUUUCUUCGCCAAAAACGGCUCCAAUAUCGGUGAUUUGCUUGUGGGUCAAAUGAAGCUACCUUUGAACUUGCGCUGCCACAAUAAGAGCAUUCGUUUGAUUGAUCACGAAAAUUUACAAUUUAAGAGAGGUUUUGAACUGAUUGCUGACGACAGGGCUAUUGGAGAAAUCAAUGUGAGUAUUGACUUCAAGCCAAUAUUGAAGAAUCACUUGUCCAUUGAGGACUUCGACUUGCUUAAAGUCAUCGGUAAAGGUUCUUUCGGCAAAGUCAUGCAAGUGAUGAAGAAGGAUACCAGACAGAUCUAUGCGUUGAAAACCUUGAGAAAGCAACAUAUCAUCUCCAGAAUGGAGGUCACUCAUACAUUGGCAGAAAGAACUGUCUUGGCUCGCAUCAACAACCCAUUCAUUGUCCCUCUUAAGUUCUCUUUUCAGUCUCCUGAAAAGCUCUACCUUGUAUUGUCUUUCAUCAACGGAGGUGAAUUAUUUUACCAUUUGCAAAAAUCGGGCAAGUUCUCGAUGAACAGAUCCAGAUUCUACAUUGCCGAGCUUCUUACCGCUUUGGAAAGCUUGCACAACCUUAAUGUCAUCUACAGAGAUUUAAAACCAGAGAAUAUCUUGCUUGACUAUCAGGGUCACAUUGCCUUGUGUGAUUUCGGUCUUUGCAAACUCAAUAUGUCAAAUGAGGACAAAACCAACACAUUCUGUGGCACACCAGAAUACUUGGCACCUGAGCUUCUUUUGAACCAGGGCUACACUCGUAGUGUUGACUGGUGGACGCUUGGAACCUUAUUAUACGAAAUGUUGACUGGCUUGCCUCCCUUUUAUGAUGAUGAUGUGCCAACAAUGUAUAAGAAGAUCUUGCAAAAUGAGCUCAAAUUUCCUAGCUUCCUAGAGGGCACUGAAGCCAAAGAUUUACUCACGAAACUCUUACAAAAGGAUCCGGCUAAUCGGUUGGACGAUGCUCAAGAAAUCAAGAAUCAUCCCUUUUUCCAGGACAUCGACUGGAACAAGUUGUUAGAUAAGGCCUACCUACCUCCAUUCAAACCACAGGUCGAGAGUUUGCUUGACACCUCGAAUUUCGACCAUACUUUCACCAACGAACGCCCACAGGAUUCUGUUGUUGACGACUUCCUCAGCGAAUCUGUACAAAAGCAGUUUGGCGGCUGGACUUACAACGGUGAUACUGUAUUUUAA